AUGGUGCAGAAGUCGCGCAACGGAGGCGUGUACGCGGGCGCGUCGGGCGAGAAGAAGCUGAAGGUGGGCUUCGUGGGGCUGGACGCCGGCGCGCCGGACUCCACCCGCGACGGGGCGCUGCUCAUCGCCGGGUCCGAGGGUGGCGGCGGCGGCGGCGGCAAGCGCGGCUCCAUCCUCAGCAAGCCCCGCUCGGCCGUCUCCGGCAAGCCGCCCAAGAGGAACGCCUUUUACCGCAAGCUCCAGAAUUUCCUCUACAACGUGCUCGAGAGACCCCGCGGCUGGGCGUUCAUCUACCACGCUUACGUUUUUCUGCUAGUUUUCUCCUGCUUGGUACUUUCAGUUUUUUCGACCAUUGAGGAAUAUGAGGACAGCUCGGAAGGUGCCCUCUACAUUCUGGAAAUAGUUACCAUUGUGGUCUUCGGUGUGGAGUACUUUGUAAGAAUCUGGGCUGCCGGCUGCUGCUGUCGAUAUCGCGGUUGGAGAGGGAGGUUAAAAUUUGCCCGCAAACCCUUUUGCGUCAUUGACAUCAUGGUGUUAAUUGCCUCCAUCGCUGUGUUGGCUGCUGGAUCCCAGGGGAAUGUCUUUGCCACCUCUGCACUCAGAAGUUUACGGUUUCUGCAGAUUCUGCGCAUGAUACGAAUGGACCGCAGAGGAGGCACAUGGAAGCUUCUGGGAUCAGUGGUGUAUGCCCAUAGCAAGGAGCUGAUCACUGCCUGGUAUAUUGGUUUCCUUUGCCUCAUUUUAGCCUCCUUCCUGGUAUACUUGGCUGAGAAGGGAGAAAAUGAUCACUUUGAUACCUAUGCAGAUGCACUCUGGUGGGGCUUGAUUACACUGACCACCAUUGGCUAUGGGGACAAAUAUCCACAAACCUGGAAUGGACGCCUCCUUGCAGCAACGUUCACCCUGAUUGGUGUUUCCUUUUUUGCUCUUCCAGCUGGUAUUCUAGGUUCUGGAUUUGCACUGAAGGUUCAAGAGCAGCACCGUCAAAAGCACUUUGAGAAGAGGAGGAACCCUGCAGCUGGUCUGAUUCAGGCUGCUUGGAGGUUCUAUGCCACAAACCUCACUCGAACAGAUUUGCAUUCCACUUGGGAUUACUAUGAACGGACAGUCACUGUCCCCAUGUACAGCUCGCAAACGCAAACCUAUGGUGCUUCCAGACUCAUUCCGCCUUUGAACCAGCUGGAGCUCCUUAGGAACCUGAAGAGCAAAUCUGGAUUAACUUUCAGGAAAGAACAGCAGCCUGAGCCAUCUCCAAGUCAAAAGGUCAGCUUGAAAGAUCGUGUCUUCUCCAGCCCUCGAGGUGCAUCCACGAAAGGUAAAGGUUCUCCUCAGGGCCAGAGUAUCCAAAGAUCCCCCAGUGCAGACCAGAGCAUCGAAGACAGCCCAAGCAAAGUGCCCAAGAGCUGGAGCUUUGGGGACCGGAGCAGAGCCAGGCAAGCUUUCCGCAUCAAGGGAGCCGCAUCCCGUCAAAAUUCAGAAGAAGCAUGCCUUCCUGGAGAAGAUAUGCCUGAUGCUGACAAACAAAGUUGCAACUGUGAAUUUGUGACCGAAGAUCUGACACCAGGCCUUAAAGUCAGCAUCAGAGCAGUGUGUGUCAUGAAAUUUCUGGUUUCCAAGCGGAAGUUCAAGGAGAGCCUGCGUCCCUACGAUGUCAUGGACGUCAUUGAACAGUACUCAGCUGGGCAUCUGGAUAUGCUUUCCAGGAUCAAAAACCUCCAGUCCAGGAUAGAUAUGAUUGUGGGUCCCCCGCCCCCUUCAACUCCCCGGCAUAAGAAGUAUUCAACCAAAGGAUCACCCCAGUACUCGCCUAGAGUUGACCAGAUUGUUGGGCGAGGGCCGUCAAUGACAGAUAAGGACCGAACCAAAGGGGAGCUUCCUGAAGAUCCAAGUAUGAUGGGCAGACUUGGAAAAGUGGAAAAACAGGUACAGUCUAUGGAGAAGAAGUUGGACUUCCUGAUCAACAUCUACAUGCAACGGAUGGGGAUCCCACCGACCGAAACAGAAGCCUAUUUUGGGUCCAAAGAACCUGAUCCUGCACCACCCUAUCACAGCCCAGAAGACAGCCGGGAGCAUAUUGACAAGAACGGUUGCAUUAUCAAGAUAAUUCGCUCCACCAGCUCAAUGGGACAGAAGAAUUUCUCUGCACCGCCGGCCACAACAGUGCCAAACAAUUCAUGUCCCCCUUCCACUUCUUGGCAGACAUAUCAACGGCAAAGCCAUGGGACAUCCCCAGUUGGCGAUGCUGGUUCUUUGGUGAGAAUCCCACCACCACCUUCGCACGAGCGCUCCUUAUCAGCCUACGGUGGUGGGAACAGGGCCAGUUCUGAGUAUGCAAAGAACGAAGACCUGAUAGCUAAACAUCAUGAAAGUGCUCUGAGGGACAGUGACACCUCUAUCUCUAUCCCAUCCGUUGACCAUGAGGAACUGGAGCGUUCCUUCAGUGGGUUCAGCAUUUCCCAGUCCAAAGAAAAUUUGGAUGUCCUUAACAACGGAUGCUACACCGCUGUGGCCAAAAUCAGACCCUAUAUUGCAGAAGGGGAGUCAGAUACGGAUUCUGAUCUCUGCACGCCCUGUGGACCUCCACCAAGGUCAGCAACUGGUGAGGGACCUUUCAGUAAUAUGGGGUGGUCAGCUGCUAGACAAUGAAGAAAUGGGAAGCCACCUGAAUGCAACUUCCAGAGCAUGGAUGGGUCAGUGAUGCUGUCCACAUAUUGGACAUUUGCAGGAGACUGAGAGCU